UUCCAGCCCUGUUGAACAUAAGCUCUUACGUGAGUGACACCUUUGCCAAAAUCAGCUGGACUGCCAGAGAAGAGCAGCGGAGCUUGCAGCUUUAUGUGGCUUAUAUGAAUAACCGUGAUGGGAACUGGCGGAUUUCAGAGGCUGUAAACGCUUCUCAAAGUUUCCACAUAAUUGACGGGCUCGAACCGGGGACGGUGUACACUGUGCGCCUCAUGGCUAAGAGGCUGCUCGAUAACGCUAGUAUUUUCGAAGACGUUAUCGAGACACGCACCAAAGGUGCUGCAAGUCAGGAGAGCAGCUUUUCAACCCACGGUUGGAUGAUUGGGACCAUGUGCGCUGUGGCACUGCUCACCCUUGUUGUGGUCAUUGCCUGCUUUCUGCGGAAAAACAAAGGUGGCAAGUAUGCAGGUACGCCAUCGCCACAGCGACAAGAAAAUCUCGCCAUGGAAAAAGUGAAAGAAAAGGAAGAGCCCCACUCUGACACGGAGUCACAGAAAAUGAAUGAUGACACCUUCUGUGACUACAGCGACAGCGAUGAAAAGCCACUGAAGGGCGGUAGCCUGUGUUCCCUGAAAGGAGAUGAUGCAACUGGGGACAGUGUCAGCAGAUACACCCUGGGCGACUAUGCAGACGGUGGAAGAGAGUUCAAUGAGGACGGCUCAUUUAUUGGGGAGUACUCUGGACACAGGCAUAGAGGCUCUGUUAGCGAGCCCAAAGGACCCAGUCUUGUGAACGUAUAAAAGCCGAGCUCCAACUGAACUGACUUCUACUUGAGAUCCUUUCAGGAUACUUUUUCAUUCAGAUUCCCAACAUUCAGUAAAGCUCAAACAGCCAAAUAAGGGAACUGACUCAAGCAAAAAAAAAAGCGGGUAGAAGUUUUGCCCACAGCCUUUAAUGGUAAGAAAAAAGGGGGGAAAGUGUGUUUUUGUACAUCCUGUAUGAAAAGUGAUUAAUGUAAGAUUUUAAAGUUUGAUAAUUUUAUUAAUGAUGAAGUGUUUUUAACCUUUCAGCCACAGUUUUACAUCUACAUUGUUAAUUUUUUUGUUUUUUACUGUAACAAAGGCAUAAGAUAAAUCACUUUCCACAGAGUAAGUGUGCAUUUAAACGUCAAAACAUUUUUUUACACAGCAGAUGAAACUAACACAUACAGUAGAUAUGCUUAUGUGUUUGCAGCAUGUUUACAUAUUCAUGCCGUAUAGUUCAACGCAGGGUGUCAUAUUUAUUGAAGACAGAAUCACUCUUAUGAUUACAAUACUGUUCUUUUACUGUACAGUUUGGUUGUUAAUAUGCAAAUGUCAAAGUUGAUCAUUUGUAAUUUUUUUUAUAAUCAAAAUGUUGAUGUUCUUUUUGUGUCAAUAUAUCAAACGUGUGCUUUCUUGCUUUUAUAUAUCAAACAGACAAAUGUUUCAGCAGCAUUUAUUAGUUUUUAGAAAGACAGAUGAGUUAUCUUCUUGCAUUUGCAGUGGAGUGCAAUCAUGAAAAAAAAAAAAAAAGGUUUCACCCCAAGCCCUCAGCACUCACAAGUACAACAAUUUGUCAUAAACCUAUUUGUAAUUUUUUGGGACUUUUUCAGUUAUGUGCCUUAAAUAUCCAGGAUAUAACAGGAUGAAUCACUCUACAUCCUCGAAGAAUUACCGGGAAGCAAGACUUUUUUUUUCCUGUCAAAUUCUUAAUGUCAGGUACAUUCUCUUCUUUUUCCACUUGGUGCAAUGACUCAUCAGCAUCAGUUCAUUUUUGGCAACUUAGAAAAAAUCCCGUUGAAGUUGAAGAGAGAUGUCCUCUCAUUGGACGAGGGAUGGAAAUACAUCAUGGAAACCCAUUCUUUGUGAAAUUUCGUUCACAAAGCAACACUGAAAAAUGAUACACUCACGGCUGAAUUAAGCUCGACUUUAUGAAAGGUCAAACACACUCUAAAUCCCCACAAUAUUUUUCCCGUUAUCUCUGCAGUACGUGCUGCAAAUCGCCACAUGCAUAAUGCAUGUUGCUAAAAUAUUCAUUAGGAAUAUAACUCAAAGUUGAAAUUUGACCUAUUCGAUAAGCAGAACUAAGAAAACUGGGAUACAGCAGUGCUAAAGGUUUCUUUGGUUAGAUGCUCGUUUUUAGGUGCAAGAUUAACCUUUGAACCCUCUUAAGGUACAAAGACCAUUUGAAAACUAAAGGAGAUCCUUGUGGAAAGCAUAUCACUUACAUACCUAUACUUAUAGAACUGCAACUAUUUCAAAUAUAUUAAAGACAAACAUUUGCACACGUACUAAAGAACAUGAGAAAAGAACAGUGGAUAAUAAAGAGAGCGUUAGACUUAAAAACAACACAAGAGGUGAUGUGGUAGAAAGUUUAGUUGUGAAAUAUAGUCAACUUUUUAGUCAAUCUCUCUCCCAUUACUGUACCAGGUCCCAAGGCUCCAAUUAUCUGAACCAAAGCGAUACUUGCACUUCCCUUCAAGUUCUGAGGGGAAAAUGUUGCACCUUUGAUGAGGCAGAAAUUCCAACUAACGAAGACGGGAGAUGAUCGACUAAUCUGUCAUUUGGUGGGAGCCUUUUUAAAUCACUCAGCCCAGCUACCCCUCUGCUUCACUCUGUUAUUUUUGAGCUGUUCAAAAAAAACCAAAAAAAAAAACAGCCAACAGCUUUCUUCCGUAUUUACCAUAUCUGUUUGUUUCAAAAUCAAAAAAUAAGUAACUAAAA